UCUUUUUCAAAAUGUCGGCGCCCAUUGCACAACCUCGUUAGUCACUUCCACGUAUGUUAUUAGCAAUUACUGAAGCAGUGAGUAAUACUACGUCUUCAACCCUUGGGCUACCAUUAACAAAAAGGUUAUAAAUUUACAUCUUGAACAAUGGCUGAAACAGUGCUGGACAUUAAUGAGAUUAUCAAAAACCUGUAUCUUGGAAGUUGGAGUGCAGCAAAAGAUAUAAUUCGAUUAAAGGCUGGAGGAAUAACACACAUACUGACUGUGAACAACUCCCCUCUUCCCAAAUCUGUCAGUGAGCAGUUCAAGUACAAGUUCAUUCACGGGUUCGACCUGGAGUUCACAGACUUACUUAACUACUUUGAAGAAUGUAUCAAGUUCAUAGAUGAAGGGAUCAGAUAUGGUUCAGUUCUGGUCCAUUGCUUGGCAGGCUGUUCAAGAAGUGCUACAAUGGUGAUAGCAUAUCUAAUGAAAAAGAAACAGAUGGGUUAUGGUGAGGCUUUGGGAUUUGUCCGUCAACGCAGAUCAAUAGUUCAUCCAAAUGAAGGGUUCAAAGAUCAGCUCCUCCUGUACGAAGAGAUGGGUAAUACGAUUGACACAACCAAUGAAAGAUUUCGACGAUAUCGCCUCAAAAAACUUGCACUGAAAAUUCACAGUUAUGAUUUAGAUGAAACUUUCAGUCCAGAUGAGUUGACAGCCAAUCCAUCAGAGUCCGAUAACAAGGAUAUAGUUUACAAAUGCAAGAAGUGCAGGCAAGCUUUAUUUAAAAAGUCUGGAUUAAUUACACACUACGUUGGUGAAGGAGAAGCUGCCUUUGAUUGGAGAAGUAGAAUCCCGGCUAGUCGGAAAGAGGCUGUUGAAAGCGGGGAGAGUACGACUACGUGUAGGCAAUCUCUAUUUAUAGAACCAGUCCGGUGGAUGGCCGACUCUAUAUCGGAACCUCUUGGAAAGUUAUCUUGUCCAAAGUGUAGUUCUAAAAUUGGAUCUUUUGUAUGGCAUGGAGAGAAGUGUCCAUGUGGAGCCUGGGUUGCGCCAGCAUUUCACAUCCGUACUAACAAGGUCGACGAAAGUAAACCAUUUGUGUUGCUGGCAAAGUGAGGAUGCUACAAGAUGGACAAUUAGAUAAACUCAGUUUACAAGGGCUGGCCUUUGACAGUCAAAUUUCAAAUAGCGAAAAUGUGCACCAAAACCAUACAAUAGAGAAAACAUGCAUGGUUUUAGGAUGUUUACAAUGGAUUGGCAUAUAGCAAAUUAAAUUUAGAGGCAUUUCAUUGAUGGAUCCCGAGAAUGGUGCGAGGACCAGCAUACAGUGACGUUGAUGAGAUGAAGAUAUUAUGCAAUGUAAUAUUACCGGUAAUUGUCAUGGAAUUGUGUUAUGUUACUCAAACAACUGCUUUCCUAGUCUAUGAUAUGUCAAAGAACUUUCUAUGCAUGAACAUGUAUAAUUAUUGUGUGGUGUGAUAAUCGCAAGUUCGUAACGGGUGACUUCAUCAUUCUCAAGAUUACUGUAUGUUGGAUGAUAAUUGAGAGUUUAUGACUGGCCAUUGAAUCCCCCUGGAGGAAGACUCCAAUCACUUACAAAAUAAAUCAUAAAUGUGGAAAAAUAUGUAGUUUGUAAAAAUGAAGCAAACAAGUUGCUGCUUCAGUUAAUUAAUGAAUUGUGUAAACUUGUCCUGCUUAUACAUGCUGCAUUUCUCUGACCUAAAUAUGGUCGGCUUCACCAAGAUACAUCUGUAUCUUUGUCACACAGCUUGACAGUCCGAUUAAAAUCCAUUUCUGUCAAGAUCUUGACAAAGCCGAGUGCAGUUUAUGGAACUGGAGCACAGAUCAAGAUACAAUUUUAAUCAGAUUGACAUCUUUGAUAACAAUUGUGAAUAGAACGAAAACUUCAGUCCCUAAAACUGAUAAUUAUGUAUUAAACAAGCAUGUUGUAUGAACACUCAUUUUUUUCUUGAAUUCGUCCUUUUUUGCUGUUUUAGAAGUUACAAGGGUUUCUAUUUCAAAAUGGGAGAAAGAAUUAUCAUUUUACUUUUACUAUACAAUGUAAUUGUUGGUAGUUAUUUGGUAUGAAUACUAUGAAACUGUCUUGAUUAGAGACUAACCAACAUGUCACCAACAUGUCACCAUCAUCCUUAUCAAAGGUGGUAAUGUGAUAUGACAAUGAAUCGAACAUCAUAUGACAAUGAAUCAAAUGUCAUAUGACAAUGAAACAAAUGUCAUGUGACAAUGAAUCAAAUGUCAUGUGACAAUGAAUCAAAGGCAUAUGUCAAUGAAUCAAAUGUCAUAUGACAAUGAAUCAAAUGUCAUAUGGCAAUGAAAAAAAUCUCAUAUGUCAAUGAAUCAAAUGCAAUAUGACAAUGAAACGAAUGUAAUAUCGCAAUUAAUCAAAUGUCAUAUGGAAGUGAACCAAAUAUAUUUGUAUGACAAUGAUUCGAAUGUCAUAUGACAAUGGGUGGUAUGUCUUGAGAAUGAAGCGUAUGUCAUAUAACAAUGAAUCAAAUGUCAUAUGACAAUGAAUUAAAUGUCAUGACAAUGAAAUGCCAUAUGACAAUGAAUCAAAUGUCAUGUGACAAUGAAUCAAAUGUCAUGUGACAAUGAAUCACAUGUCAUAUGGCAAUGAAAAAAAUGUCAUAACAAUGAAUCAAAUGUCAUAUGACAAUGAAAUGCCAUAUGACAAUGAAUCAAAUGUCAUGUGACAAUGAAUCAAAUAUCAUGUGACAAUGAAUCAAAUGUCAUGUGACAAUGAAUCAAAUGUCAUAUGGCAAUGAAACAAAUGUCAUAUGUCAAUGAAUCAAAUGCAAUAUGGCAAUGAAAUGAAUGUAAUAUCGCAAUUAAUCAAAUGUCAUAUGGAAGUGAACCAAAUACAUUUGUAUGACAAUGAUUCGAAUGUCAUAUGACAAUGGGUGGUAUGUCUUGAGAAUGAAGCGUAUGUCAUAUAACAAUGAAUCAAAUGUCAUAUAACAAUGAAUCAAAUGUCAUAUGACAAUGAAAUGUCAUAUGACAAUGAAAUGCCAUAUGACAAUGAAUCAAAUGUCAUGUGACAAUGAAUCAAAUGUCAUAUGACAAUGAAUCAAAUGUCAUGUGACAAUGAAUCAAAUGUCAUGUGACAAUGAAUCAAAUGUCAUGUGACAAUGAAUCAAAUGUCAUAUGACUAUGAAUCGUCAAAUUAUUAGCUCCAACAAGGAAGUCAUAGUUCGAUAUUUACUACAUAACACAACGCAACUGUUCUAUUUGUAAAGGCUGUUUUGUACACUACACUGCAUGGCGUCAUUUGAAAUGUAUAAUUAUCAUUAUCAACGAUAGCAGAGACUCGUGUCCAGUAUGAUGUGUUAAAUAUCUGUAAUUAUUUCUCUUUCCCCUUUUUCUCAAGUGAAUAUUUUGUUACAGCAGUAUUCAGAUCAUUUUCAUGCUGUAAUGGAAAAAACACUGCCAUGAAAGUGUAAGGAUUCGUUUAAAGAAGUGACAAGAGCUGUUUUAGUGAAAUUUGAUUUUGACUUAUUGUUCAUAUACAUAGAUGUAUCAUUGUUGUCUAUAUGUAAUAUUUUGUUCCUGAAAAUGAAGUCAUCAGAGAGACUUGCAUCGUGUAACCAGGUUAAGACAUCCAAGAGAUUAUAACCAGGGUAAGAUAGUUGAGAUACUUAAAACCAGUUGAGACUUAUGAGAGAUUUAUAACCUGGGUAAGACAUAAAAGAGAUCAUAAACAGGUUAAGAAGUCUGAGAGACUUUUAACCAGGUUAAGACAUCCAAGAUAUUAUAACCAGGUUAAGACAUUUGAGAAACUUAUAGCCAGGUUAAGCAGUUAAGGCAUGUGAGAGACGUAAAACCAGGUUAAAAUAUCCAAGAGAUCAUAAGAUAACCAGGUUCAGACAUUUGAGAUACUUAUAACCAGGUUAAGACAUCCAAGAGAUUAUAGCGAGGUUAAGACAUCUGAGAGACUUUUAACCAGGUUAAGACAUCUGAUAGAUUUAUAACCUGGGUAAGACAUCUGAGAGAUUUAUAACCAAGUUAAGACAUCUGGUAGACUUAUAACUUGGCUAAGAUAUUUGAAAGACUUGUAGCCUGAUAAGACAUUUUAGAGAAUUUAAACUGGGUAAGACAUCUGAGAGACUUAUAACCAUGUUCAAAUAUCUGGGAGACCUAAAACUGGGUUAGGCAUCCAAGAAACUUAUAACCAGGUGAAAACUUGGUCGAAGUAAAAUGGCUCUGAAGAGGAAUUCUGUAUAGUUUUAACUGCUACAUGAAGGAACUAGCACCUGCUGAUAGCCAUUUGGUAUAAAUUAAAGUAUAUCCAGUUGUUCGUGAUUUGUAACUUAAAGCUGUUGGUGUUUCAUAAUCAUUCAGUAUACAAAUUUUCAGUAAUGUUUAUAUGUCACAUGUGUAUAAGGUGUAAAAUUACAGGGACAUGGUACAAAAUCCUUGUAUGCGAUAGUCAUGAUUAUACAUUUACACAGGGAUGGGGAUUUUAUACCAAGUCCCUGUGAGUAAUAUGAGUGAUGUUGGAGUAUUCUAAAGUGUCUAGAAAUUUUCAAAGUCUUAAAUACCACACCUGUUUCAUCAAUGUUGCUUACAUAAGGUAACUUCAUAAUUCAAUAUUUUGGAUUAUUGGAUUGAAGGGGGGAAAUCUUAGCUAAGAAACUUUCUUUAAAUUAUGUCAUGAUUUCCUAUGAGAAAUGUUCAGUUUGGAGUUAAGGAAUAUUGAUUCAUUAGGGGUCUGGUAACAUAACCUGAUGUGUAACUAUAAGUUGAAUUCUUUUAAUACCAAAAUUUUGAUUGGUUGUGAUAACCAAAAAUUGUUUUGAUGAACACUCCAAAAUAUACAGAGGGCUCAACCACAGUUCAGUUUUGUAAACCUGUAUAGCAAGGGGUGGUCACUAGUAACCUUAUUGUUUAUCAAUUUUUUUUUUUUUUUUGCUGGAAAUGGUUGUUUGGUAUUAAUGUACAUUUACUGCUGAAAUUUAAUUCUGAUAACUUGGUAAGUUACUAUGAAACUUGAUAUGUAAAUGUAAACUUUAUUUAUUUUACAACAAUUUCGAAACAAGCUACUGUUAUAUCAACUUAUAUUUAUCAUGCUUGUUGGCCUGGAUGGAAGUGCGUGAAGGGUCUUGUUGUGGAAGGAAACUGGAGUACCCGUGGAAAACCUAUGUGGUCAGGCAGGUGACCCCAUACCUUUUCAUGUCCAAUCGGGGAAUCGAACCCCGACUGCCUAGGUGACAGGCAAGUGUGUUACCACUGUGCCACCCGACCACCCUAAUGGGUGGAUAAUAUAUAUCCUGUCCCCCUAGGUGAUUAGACAUCACAGGGUAUAGGGUUACCAUGGCAUACAAGUUUCUCUGUGGUGUCUGACUUUCGAUGAAUAAGGUAGAUCAACCUUUGACUCAUAAGUGGAGAGUUGGCAACUUUACUGAACUACAAUAUAGACCUGUGUGAUACAGACAUGAGCUUAUUACUGGAUCAAUAUACGUAGUAUAUCUGGCUUUGGAUAAAUAUUACAACCUUCGACUCUAAAGUAGAGAGUUGGCUUGAUGGCAUUUUCACUGAACUACAAUACACUGUCCUCCAAAAAGUCCUGUUACAAUUAUUACGAAAAAUAUAGCAAAGUCUUUAUUACAAUUUGUUAGAAUCAUAACUUCUUAGGAUGUUUUUUUUUCACGAUUUCAAAUGUUCAUGUUCAUUUUUCAACAGUGCAUAUGUUGUGUUACAAUGGAAAUCCUCAAAAUGCAACAUUUUACUGUUAAUCAGCUAAACAAUUACUGAUAUUUGUGUCAGUAAAAAAAAACCCCAAUAUUUUCAUUCAUUUUUGAACAUUAUGGAAAAUAGUACCCUCCAUUCCCUCUCCCUGCAACUUCAAAGAGGUGAGGUAUUUUUCAAAUCAUUUGCAGUCGUCACUUACAAAUGGACUAUCUUACGGAUAUUACAACACUUUUUCUCAAAUUUUGUUGGCUAGCCAUUUGAUUUAAAUGUUUCAAGUGUAACAGAACUUUUGGAGGGCAGUGUAUACACCUGCGUGAGCCUGUUACCAGACUUGGGCAUAUCAUCAGAUUCAUAUAUAAUGCAGGUUUCAACUUUAGAAUUUGUUGCUGAAUUAUUGUCUUCCUUUCAUAUUGCAUUGCACAGCAUGGGUAAUUGUCUUUUUGUAUAUGGUACUAUCUACCAGUAAUCAGCAUUUUACAUAGAUUGAACUCAUGUGCUAAAAUCAUCGUUGCUUGUCGUAUUUAUUCUACAUAUUUAUAAAUACAUGUAGCCAACUUAAUGUGCAGCCCAAAUAAGAUAAAUUAUAUAAAUAUUGCAUGUUUAUGUUAAUACUCUACUUGUGUUCUUGGAAAUAAAAAAGGCCCCAUGACCUUG